AUGGAGGAAGAUUUAUUCCAGCUAAGACAGCUGCCGUGAGUAACCCGGGGAGGGAGAAGGGCUAGAGCUCUGCUGGGAAGAGGGAGGGGCGGGAAGAAUAACCCAGGACCUCCAGGAGAAUCGCAAGCCGCCCCCAGCCCCCUCCCUGCAGCGAGGUUUCUCUUCCCAAAGGGGGCCAUUGACCUCAAGGCCUCAGGGAAGCCAGCAAUUUCCCUUGCUUGCCUGCGCAAGAGCCUCGCUUUAUGAAUGACUGUCACACCUUUUAAAUCAAAACCGGGGGGGUAUUUUUAAGAUUUCAGAAGGAACCAUCCAACCCAACCGAUGCUUUUGCAACUAGGGGUGCUAAAUAUAUUCAUUCUAGACACCCCCCCACCGGCUUUUCCUUCUAACAUGAUGCCUCCUCCUGGAAUGGGGAGGGGAUCUUCCCUCCUCUUAAAAGAGAGCUUUGUACUGGGGCCCACCGGGUCUGGUGUUGGACAUUCUGAGGCUUGGACAAGAGGGGCUUUGCAUUGCCGCACAGGGAGGGGGGGACGGGGGGGGAGGGUGCUCACUCCGUGGAUAUGUGCAGCCAACAGUGACACCCACACAAAUGCAGGGGCUAAGGUUUCACUGCCUCCUGCUUCUCUGUGACUGUCUGGCUCUGUUUUUGUAGGGGGAGGGAAGAUUAUUCUUUUUUGCAGUCCAGGCACAGCUUGUGAGAGCAAAUAAGAUUUCUUCCUUGGCAGUCAGUGAAGACUUCUUUUAAGUAUCUUUCAGGCGUUGGUAUAACUAGCUCCAUUUCGUGCGCAUGCGGUUCUGUAGUGCACACAAGAGCACAGCCGUGAAACAUUUCAGGAAUCAAGACCUCCCUCCCCCACUUCAAGGCAAAGAUCAGUAACUGUGCAAUCUGAACCAUGUCUACUCAUAAAUAAGUCCUGUUCAAUGAAUUCAGUGGGGCUGAAGAGCAGAUCCACACCUUACAGUUAAAGCAAAUGACUACCCCUUCAAAUCCUGGGAGCCAUAGUUCCCCACUCCGCUGCAUUGGCAGAAGCCACAAAGACAUGGUGUUGCUAAAAACAAAGAGCAGUUAGCCAGGUUCUUGCAUCAUGGACUACAAUGCUUAUGAAGAACUUGUGGAUAAAAUAUGAAUGGGCAAAGGGUGACAACCAAUAGUAGAAGGAAUGCACUACCAUCCUCUCCAGUUUCUGGAUAUGCUGACCAAGGACAUUCACUCUUCCAAAGCAACACUACUAAUUAGGAACACAGGAAGCUGCCUUCUACUGAGUCAGACCUUUGGUCCAUCUAGGGCAGUACUGUCAACACUGACUGCCAGCUGCUCUCCAGGGUUUCAGGGCAGGAGAUGUCAGGGAUUGAACCUGGGAUCUUCUGCAUGCAGAACAUGUGCCCUGCCAUUGAGUCGUCAUCAUCAUCAUCAUCAUAUAUUAUUUAUACCCCACCCAUCUGGCUGGCUUUCCCCAGCCACUCUGUGCGGCUUCCAAGCGAAUAUUAAAAACAAUACAGCAUCAGACAUUAAAAACGUCCCUAAACAGUAAAAUAGUUGCUUAUUGCCUUGACAUCUGCUGGGAGGACGUUCCACAGGGCAGGCGCCACUACCGAGAAGGCCCUCUGCCUGGUUCCCUGUAGCUUUGCUUCUCGCAGUGAGGGAGCUGCCAGAAGGUCCUCAGCGCUGGACCUCAGCGUCUGGGAAGAAUGAUGGGGGUGGAGACGUGCCUUCAUGCCUCUCCCCCUAUUGCACUCUGGAUAAUAUUGAUACAGUGUUGUAUUUCUUUGCAGGGGUAAUUCUCAAUUUUAGUUGUGUGCUGGCAACCAUGAGAGACAGCGAGAUAGAGUCUUUUAUGUGGUGGCUCCACACCUUUGGACCUGCCUUCCUCCUCGCAGUGCUGUGGGGGCAGCAGCACUUCAGGCAUCUUUGGAUGGACUUAAAGCCUCAUCCCUUUUUAUUUGCCUUCCCUGUGUAACCUUUUUGCUCAGCUUGCUGCAUGGAGGCUGGAAUAUUACGAUGUCCUGGGAAUUCUGAGUCUGUUAUUUAUUUGAAUCAGUUUUUAUUCUUGGUUCUAGCUUGUUUUAUUAAUUAUUUAUUUUUAAAGACUUGUAGUUUUCCUCCCCCCAUAAUAUUCUUUAUUGAUUUUCAUUUACAUACUCCACAUACACAUUUUGUAUUACAUUUUACAUUUAUAUUUGCUCCUAAGGGCCGACUUCCUUCUUUCCUUCCUUCUUCUGGCUUUUUAUAUCACAUCUAAAAUUUUCGCAUUGUGUUCAUCCUUUUUGUAUAUUAUUGAUCUUCUUUCGUAUUUGUCCAUAGAGUGUCUAUAGCCAAAUAAAUCCUCCUGUAUAUACAAUUCUUAUUGUCUGUCUGUAUUCAUUUACAACUACCAUUGGUUACAUUAAUCACAUUAUACAUUUUACUUUUUAUUAUUUUCUUUCUUUCUUUUUUUAAAAAUUUUUAUUAAGGUUUUAGACAAUAAAAAAGAGAAAAAAAAACAUACACAAUACAUAUAACAACAACACACACAAAAAGCAACACAAAAUUCAACAAUAAAAAACAACAACAACAACAAAACAUAACAAUUAAAAACAAUAUCUCUUUUCCAUUUCUAUUUUUAAAUUACUUACUUUCUGGACUUCCUCAUACCUCCCUCUUUUGUAUUCCAAUCCAUAUUAUUUGUCCAGCAGUUUCUUUUCCACUUUUUUAAUCCCAAACUUUAAUUUAAUAAAAUAUUAAAAUAUAUAACUUCAACUUCUUUAAACCUAAUCCUUGGUCUUAGUAUCAUAUAACAUUAAAAUUUUCCCUCUUAAUAUCAAAUUUCCAUUUCUUUAAACAUCUUUAAUCUUAAUCUUAAUCUUACUCUAUCAUUAACUUUAACCUGUACAGCUGGAAACCACUUAUUUUCAAUCCAACAUCGCUCUAACAUUCUUUAAUUUUGCAGUGUUUCUGAAGAUAGUCUUUGAAUUUCUUCCAAUCUUCCUCCAUCGACUCUUCUCCCUGGUCACGGAUUCUACCAGUCAUUUCCGCCAAUUCCAUAUAGUCCAUAAGUUUCAUCUGCCAUUCCUCCAGUGUGGGAAGUUCUUGUGUCUUCCAAUACUUUGCGAUGAGUAUUCUUGCUGCUGUUGUUGCAUACAUAAAGAAAGUUCUAUCCUUUUUAUCACCAUUUGGCCGACCAUGCCCAGGAGAAAGGCCUCUGGUUUCUUAGGGAAGGUAUACUUAAAUACCUUUUUUAUUUCAUUAUAUAUCAUUUCCCAGAAAGCCUUAAUCUUUGGGCACGUCCACCAAAGGUGAAAAAAUGUACCUUCAGUUUCUUUACAUUUCCAACAUUUGUUAUCGGGCAAAUGAUAGAUUUUUGCAAGCUUGACUGGGGUUAUGUACCACCUGUAUAUCAUUUUCAUAAUAUUCUCUCUUAAGGCAUUACAUGCCGUAAAUUUCAUACCUGUGGUCCACAACUGUUCCCAGUCAGCAAACAUAAUGUUAUGUCCAACAUCUUGUGCCCAUUUAAUCAUAGCCGAUUUUACCGUUUCAUCCUGAGUGUUCCAUUUCAGCAGCAAGUUAUACAUUCUUGACAAAUUCUUAGUUUUGGGUUCUAACAAUUCUGUUUCCAAUUUGGAUCUUUCCACCUGGAAGCCAAUUUUCCUGUCCAAUUUAAAUACCUCCAUUAUUUGAUAAUAAUGAAGCCAGUCUCGCACUUUGUCUUUUAGUUUUUCAAAACUCUGCAAUUUCAGUCUAUCUCCGUCUUGUUCCAAAAUUUACUUUUUAUUAUUUUCUUUAUCCAGAAAUUUUCUUUGUAUUUCACAUUAUGAGGUUCUACUGGUUUCACUAUUUCACCUUAUCCUUCCUAUGUAUGACAUAAUUUUUUCCCAUUCUUUUAAAAAUGUUUCAUCGCCCUGUUGUCAAAUUUCCCCCGUUAAUCUAGCUAUUUCUACAUAUUCCAUUACCUUCUGUCACCAUUCUUCUACUGUUGGUAAUUGCUGUUGUUUCCAAACCUGGGCUAACAACAACUUCGCCGCUGUUGUUGCAUAUAAGAACAAUUUCUGGUCAUUCUUAGUAAUGUCUUCUCCUACCAUUGCCAACAAGAAUGUAUCUGGCUUUUUCAAGAACAUAUGUCUAAAUAUCUUCUUUAAUUCAUUAUAUAUGUCUUCCCGUUGUUGUAAGCAGCUUUGCGGUUUUUUUAUCCUUUAUAAUAAAAUAGAAUCAAAAGUGGAGUCUGCUAAUAACCAUUUUCCACUGCAUAUCAUAUUGUCCUCUUUUUCUUCUUAAAACUCUAUUUAUAUCCAUGGUUCUUUUCACAUUGCAAGUGUAAUUUCAGUCCUGCUAAUGUUUUUUGCUGCUUACAGUGUUCUCUCAAGUAAAAUUUAAAAAAAUUCCCAGUCCUUGUUAAAAAAAUUAACAUCCUGGUUCCUGACUUUUCCAGUCAUUUUAGCCAUUUAGUCCAUCAAUUUGUUGUCCACUCUUCUCUUGUAGGUGUUUUGUCUUUCUUCCAUCUUUGGGCUAAGAGUAUCUGGGCUUCUGUCAUCGCAUACAUGAGCAGUCUUUUGAAGUCCCUUAGUAUCUCUGCACCUAAAAUUCCUAAUAAAAAGGGUUUUGGUUUUUCAACAAAGGUUAUUUAAAAACUCAUUGUAUAUCAUUUCCCAAUAUGCUUUUAUCACCUUACAGGUCCACCACAUAUGAUAAAGGUGACCUCUUUUUCUUUACAUUCCCAGCACGUAUUUGAACUAGUCUUAUACAUUUUUGUUAACUUACUGGGAGUCAAAUACCAUCUAUACAUCAUCUUCAUAUAAUUUUCUUUCAGUGUUCUACAUGCUGUAAAUUUUAAGUCCUCUCUCCAUAGCUUCUCCCAAGAGGAGAGUUGAGUAUUGUAUCCAAAAUCUCUUGCCAAGUUAACCUCUUCAUCUUUAGUAUACCAUUCUAACAACAUCUUUUACAUUUUAGACAGUGCUUUUACUUUAUUUUCCAACAAUUCCUUUUCAAACCUUGAGAUUUCAUUACUGAAUCCAUUUCUUUUAUCCUUUUUAAAUGCAUCAUUUAACUGUAACCAAUCUGUUAACAACUCUCUUAUAUCUUCAAAAUUCUUUAGUUUCAGUUGGUUCUCUACCUCUGUUAACAGCUCUUUAUAAGUUCCCAUUUAUUUUUCGCAUCCAACUUUUUCAAUGGUAUCACUUUUAGUGGGGAAAGCCACUGUGGUGUUUUCUGCACUAACAAUUUUUUUAUAUUUCUCUCAUACACCAUAAAUUGAUUUUUUUACCAAAUGUGUUAAAAAUUCUUUAUGUACUUUUGUCUUUUCAUACCAUAGAUAUGCAUGCCAACCAAAUCUGUUAUCAUGACCUUCCAAAUCUAGAACAACUUGUAAGCAGCUUUGGAUGGGCUUUUCCUGGAAAAACAGCACCAGUCCAUUAUAAAAUAAUAAAAUAAACUGUAGCCUCUCAUCAGAACCACCAGUGAAAAUUUCAGAACUAUCCUGAUGUCUUUUAUUUUUUGAUAAAGUUUGCAAAUGGAACUAAAUGGGGGGGUGAGGUUUCAUAUUGUCAAGACAUUAGUGCCUCAAAUUGCUUGCAUUUAACUUUAGCCCUAGGAAACAGUUGCAAGGGCCUCAGCACCCAGCUCUAGCUAGCGAACAAUGAGAAUUUUUUCCAGGGCCAGUUUUAUGAUGAAGCAAAGCAAAGCAAUCACUUUGGGUAGAAAAGAUGCUGUUUUCUUGCUUCCUAUCUCAAAAUGUCAAUUUUAAAAAACGAAGUAUCGUCCAUUGUGUUUGCUGAUGUGUGUACAGUAUAUCUAAUGUGAUUUUGCCUCUUUUGCUUGUGGGUUGCAUUCUAUACGUGUCUACUCAAAAGUAAGUCCCACUGAGUUCCAUGGGACUUGCUCCCAGGUAUGUGGGCAUGGGAUAAAGGUGGGCUGGGUAAAGGUAACCUGCAUGGAUAGGCAUGCAGGAGAAAUUCAGUUCAGCCGAAUCUAUGCAGUUCACUUUCUGAAACACCAUGCAAACUGGGACCAUCCUUUGAAAUGCAAACUUAUCCCAAUUUUGCAAUGCAGUUCUCUGACCAGACAAGGUUUACAGAAAUGCAUGUACUGGGGAAAAGUGUACAUAAAAACAAAUAUAUUUGUGCAAAUACAAGAGUGCAUCAUAUUAGGAGAAAAUGCUUGCAAAAUGUAUAUGUUGGUCAAAACUGCCUACAAAAAUGUGUUUGUUUGGGAAAAAAAUGCACUAAAAUGCUGAAGAAUUUUCAUGUGGAUUACAACUAUUAUUUUUUGCAAAUUUCUGCAGAAAUGUGAAGAACUAGAUUUAAGAUUGGAAAAAUGAGAAACAGAGAGAAGGAAAAUUGACAGUUCCUUCCAUCCCUAGCUAUGGAUACUUAUUGCAACCUGUCAGCUUGUCAGGUGUCCUUCACCUUCAAGGAAGAUUGCUGUGCAUGGUUGUUUGACUGCAGCAGCUACAACUCACAAGGCUGAGCAUGAGAUCCCUUUUGGAUGGGAGAUUAAUAUAAUAUUAGGCACAGGUGGAAACAUUCACUUCAAGCCUGAAAUGCAAGCCCACAAGAAACAUUGCUGUGAUUUCCAAAGAGAAUAAGAUGAUCUAGGUGUUGCAUUAUUGUGUACGACACAAGCAGGGCCCCCAGAAGUUGGGCUCUGAUUCCCAGCAGCCUCAGCAGCCAGCAUGGCCAAUGGUUAAGGGUGUUGGGAGCUCUAGUUUAACAACAUCCAAAGGGCCACAGGUUCCUCACCCUUGAGGGAAAGCAUUUACGUGAUGCACACCUGCUUCUUCUGUACAUCCAUGCCAUGUAUUCAUUAUGGUUCCCACACCACUAGGGUUGUCAAGUUCCGUCGCACAGGGGAAAGUUCACGGUCAGAUGAAGAUGUCAUUUCAGGAGAGCAUGAAGUCCAAAUUGAGGGUGUCCAGAUGCAGUUAGAGGCUGUGGAGCUGGAAGAUGGAGGGAUGGUGCCAAAGGAGUUUGCAAACCCAACUGAUGGUGAGUUGUGUGGACAUCUGCCCUCACUCCUGAGGAAGGAGCAAAAUGUUAAUAUGCACUGUGAAAAAAAUUAAAUACCCCAAAACUUUUCAUAGCUUUUCAUAACUUCAUUUUAACACUGUAAACAUUUUUUGGUCUCUUUCAAAUGGAUUGUGGUUGCUGGCCCAAGGACCCCCCUUUUGUCUUUUAGUGGGUAUUGCUAUUUUUUUAGUUAUUAUUACAUUGUACUAUUAUAUUGUUUUGUUGUUCUAGAUACGUUUAUGGUGGAAGAUGCGGUGGAAGCCAUCGGAUUUGGCAGGUUCCAGUGGAAACUCUCCAUCCUGACAGGCUUAGCAUGGGCAAGUAGAGGUUGCUAGAAAUAGCAAAGCCAAGGGAGGGCAGGGACAGGGAAUGGCUGGCCCACAAACUGCAACUAUUUCCCACCUUAAUUUUCCUCAGUUUCCCUGGCCUGGAUGAUGGGAGGCAUUGAGCCAGAAGAGACUGGCUUUGGGAUAUAUGGCUUGAUUUUAGGCAACUGCUGAGGCACACAGUUGCUCAAAGUCACCAGUACAUGCAGUUGCCUGGCUCAUGUAAGACUAUACAGAACCUUUAUUCUCAAUAAUGAUGGAACUUACAGGUGGAGAAUACUUUUAUUUUUACAUGUUUUUAUUAUUUGCAAAGGGGAUCUUUUUAUGAGUUAACACUUUAUUAUCGCUUUGGGCUGUGCUGUGUCUUUGUACUGUUAUCCAGGCUGUGAGGCUUUAUGAUGUACAUGGUUGGUUCUUUAUUUGCUUUCCUUGUGCUGUGUUUGCACUUUGUUUUUGUUGCUAACAAAUCAAUUAUAUAUAUACAUAUGAAGGCGAAGAGAAAUCUGGUGAACUGUCAGGGCAGCUGGUGCUCUAACUGAUGCCUUCUUCCUUCUUGCCCUUCUAGAUGGCUGAUGCCAUGGAAAUGAUGAUUCUGAGCAUCCUUGCACCCCAGCUUCACUGUGAGUGGCGAUUACCCACCUGGCAGGUUGCAUUGCUAACCUCGGUAGGAAAAUACCAGACAGCUCUUGUAUUCUGUAAGGUUUUCCACUCGUUAACUGUGGGUUGUUCAAAGAGUCAAAAAACCCUUUCUGUCCAGCAAGUGCACCAGUUUGUGGAAUGCCCAAGAGUGUUGAAGGAAUCUAUUUCUCCCACAAAGACACCUGCGUGUUACAGUCCCUCGCACUGUGGCUUGCUUCAUGUUCACUGAAUUUCAGCUCUAAACUCUAGCAUUGCUUAUUGGUGGAGGUUAGUCUUCCUUUGGGCAACCUUUUCACUACCCAUUGAAUUGCAGGAAUCUGGGGCUUGGUUAAAGGUGCCUGUUGAGGCUACACACUGUUUUUGCCACAAGGCAAACUCCCUUAGCUUUAAUCUCUCUGGAGAUAAAUCUACAAGGAGUUGGACAUGAUUGGUGGAUUUAUUGUCCACCAUAUUCCAGUGUAGGGUUGUGCUGAUGUUUCCUGAACACAAGUCACAUCCACACCAUAUCUUUAAACCACAUUUAAAGCACACUGCUUCCCACAAAGAAUCAUGGGAAUUGUAGUUUGUCACCCUGGCUCUUUACCUGGGCCUUUGACCAUUGAGAUAUCUAUAUAUUUUAGGACCUACUCUAGUUGUGAUAGUAAUUUGUUUUAAUGCUUUAUUUUAUAUUUCUGUAACCUGCCCUGAGACCUUCCAGUGAAGGGUGGAUAAUGCAUCUCAUCACAGUAACAAAGAUAAUGGUGCUGGGAAUGGCAGCUCCAUGAAGGGCAAACGGCAGUCCCCAGGAUUCUUUGGAGAAAGCCAUGCCUCUUUAAAAGUGUUUUAAAUAUAUGGUGUGGACAUGACCACAAUGGUGCCAUUAAAAGAAAAAUUCUUUUACUCACUUUUCAUAGCAAAUUCCAUUACUUGGUGUGUUACAAAUUAAAACAAAACUAGAUACCUCACCAUUCAGAUAUGACAAACAAGGCAGAUGAUUACAACCAGCCAACUAAAAGAAACCUCAAACAUGACCCAAACCAUUCACCCAAAGGCUGGCAAAUAACAGGGCCUUCAGCUGGUGUCAAAAGGUUUUCAGGGCAGGCACCAGCUGUAAUCUCAAUGCACAGGGGGUUCCAAAGUUGGGGUGCCCCCGGUGGAAAGCCUCUCCCUCCUCCUGGCCUCAACUAAAGAAGAUAGAGAGAGCCUCACAGGCAGAUCUUCAUAAACAGGCCAGUCUGCGCAGGAGAAGCCUCGCUGUGCUUUGUAAGUCCACAAAGUCGUAGGGUUGUAGAGCUGGAAGGGUCAUCAAGUUCAAGCAGUGGUCGCAACGGGGUGGCUGGGGGGCAGUAAGCCCCGGGUUCCAUGACUGUGGGGGUGACAAGAAGUCACCCUGUGGGGGCUUGCGGCGGCGCUCACAGCCAUUGCGCUGCUGCAGCUGCAUGUGGAAGAUCCUCCGUUCACGGCUGCAGCCACGAGCAGAGGAUCCCGGCACCGUCCAUACAGCGCUGGAGCAGCGCUGGCUGCAAACUGCUGUACAGCACAUGUGUGGCAUAACUAUGUACAGCUCAUGUGUGCAACACCGCACAUGCGCUGUACUUGGCGGUUUGCUGCGGCGCUGCUCCAGCGCUGUGCGGACAGUGCCAGGAUCCUCUGCUCGUUUGCAGUUGUAGCGGCAACAGAAGGCUCCUGGCACCGUCCAUACAGCACUGGAGCGGCGCUGGCAGCAAGCCGCUAUACAGCACAUGUGCGGUGUCACUAUAUACGGCGCAUGCAUCGUACGUAGUGACACCGCCCAUGCGCCCUCCGUAGUGACGCCCGCUCCGGGUGUCACAGCGCCUUCCUUUGCCCCUGAGUCCAAGGCAGAAAUCACAACUAAAGAAUCCCCCGCAGGUGGCCAUUCAACCUCAGUUUAAGUGCCUUGAAGCAGGUUCAGCAGCCAGGACCAUUCUUUCAGGGUUGGUGGUUCAUUUCCCCCCGAAGAGCCACCCAGGAGAGACGCCAAGAGCUAGGGGCAGCUUCUGAACCAGCUCAGUGGGCAGCCCCACACAGAGUGCAUUGCUGUAGUCAAGAGUGUGUGGAUCACUCUGGGAAGGCUCUCUCUGUCCUGAAAUGGCCACAGCUGGCAAACCAGAUGUGACUGGUAAAAGACACUCAUUGGGCUGUAUGACUGAUUCCACCAUGCAGUUAGCAGAUGAUUAUAACAAAAAUCUGUACAUAACCCUCCCCAUAUAGCCCCAAUGUUACCAGGCCAAAUGUUACCAGGCCAAAGCUCUGAGGUCAGAUUUCCCGCACCCCUCUCCCCUAAAAACGGAAAGAUUGAUAUGAGGAAUUUAGGAUGGAUAUAUCUGUCUCUCACUCCUCACAAUAUUGCCGUUUUACUGUCAGCCUCUAAGAUGCUAUCUGUCAACCAUUAUAACAGAUCUCCCAUACCCUGUGGGAUCAUCCAAAAAUUGGACAUUUUGUCAAGUUGUGGCUCAAAAUUCAGAUGUUUGUGUGCCAAAUUCUAGUUCUGAGAUCUUGCCAAACUUGGUCUAAGAAUGUCGUCGUCUUCUUCUUCUUCUUCUUCUUCUUCUUCUUCUUCUUCUUCUUCUUCUUCGCUUUCUUUUCUAGAUGGUUCUCUCAGAACACUCCCAGUUCAGCCUGUGAAUAAGAAAUAUCCUUUCUUUCACUUGAUGCAGGUGGUGUUUAUGGGAAUGAUGUUCAGUUCCACACUCUGGGGAAACAUUUCAGACCAGUAUGGCAGAAAAACAGUAAGUCUCCAGCCUUCCCCUGAAGUAUUUGCCAGGCAGAAAUCGUUGCUGCCACCAAACUGAGUGCCACGAAGGCCCUCUGUGGUUAGGCAGUGGGGCUUCAAACCGGGUGGUGUACCUCUCUGCCACUACUUGGGACUAAUCUUUCCAAGUCUGACUCAGUUUAAAUUCAGUUCACUCCUCCCUUCCACAUUCUUGGGCUGUAAUUACCUUUCUGCUUUUCUUUUGAGUUACAGCAGGGAACCUGGGGCCACCAGAUGAUGAGCAUGGGACUACAACUCCCAUCAUCCCUCACUGUAGGUCAUACUAGCAGGGGCUGCUGGGAAUUGGUGUCCAACAAUAUCUGGAGGGCUACAAAUUCAUUUUCCUUGGUGUAAGAUAUAGUGGAUAUUUAUUAAUUUAUUUAUAAAUAUAGCUAUAUACGACUAAUUGUUUUUUUAAAAAGCACAAUAGAGCAGUUUAGAACAGCUGUACAUAAAACCAUACAAUAAAAACCAUUAAAAAAAUGUUUAAAUCAGAAAUCAGCUAACUAUUGUGGCAAGAUGCAUUCUUAAUCGCUGGUAUAGGCCUGGAGGAAUAUAUCCCCCCCCCCAGCAUGUUGAAACGGAAGGUGCCUGAUGAAUUUCUAGUGGCAGGGUGUUCCACAGGGCUGGGCCAAUGACACUAAAUGCUCAGUUUCUCAUUGUUGUCAAAUGAGUCUCACCAACUUGGGGAACAACCAACAAUGCCCCAAAGUUGUUCAGGGUUUUAUAGAGAGACACAAGGGCAUGAACCUGGUUUAGUAGUAGAUGGGCAGCCAGUGCAGACACUUCAAGAAUGGGGUCACAUGUUAUGUGCCAUCUGAUAGGCGUAUUCUGCGCCAGCUGGGGCUUCUGAACCAGGCCCAAGGGUAGCCCCAGGUAGAGCGCCUUGCAGUAAUCCAGUCUUGAUAUUGACAACACAGACUUUAUGGUUGGCCCUGUAAGAGAAGGAGAAUUGCUUUUGAAGUCAGGAAGAAGCUUGUCAGAGAGUAUGGCAGUGGUCUUCUUUCAAUUUUGUAUUUCUUAAUCCAAUGCAGGGGUUAAAGAUCAGUGUGCUCUGGACCUUAUACUAUGGUAUUCUUAGCGGUUUUGCACCCGUUUACAGCUGGAUCCUGGUGCUGAGGGGGCUGGUGGGCUUUGGCAUCGGAGGAGUCCCUCAGUCGUAAGUCAAUAUUCCCAUUCCUUGCCCCUCCCUUCCUGGUGGUUUUAGUGCUAUAGAGCCAGUGUGGUGUAGUGGUUAAGAGCAGUGGACUCGUAAUUUGGUGAAUCAGGUUCGCGUCUCCGCUCCUCCACAUGCAGCUGCUGGGUGACCCUGGGCUCGUCACACUUCUCUGAAGUCUCUCAGCCCCACUCACCUCACAGAGUGUUUGUUGUGGGGGAGGAAGGGGAAGGAGAAUGUCAGCCACUUUGAGACUCCUUCGGGUAGUGAUAAAGCGGGAUAUCAAAUCCAAACUCUUCUUCUUCUUUUUCUUCAGUUGAAAAACUGACUAUGUCCCAAACUUCUUUUGCAUUUAGUAACUGCCUUCCAUCUUCCCCACCCCAAAGCAUUAUGGCCAUCUUCAAAUAUCUAAAGGAGCUCAGCUAAACUGCAAAGCACUUCCGCUUGGGAAUCCCAACCUUUUCAGCUGCUUACAUUUAGCAGUGUGGAUCCAGGUGCCUCUGGGAAGUCAAACGUGGCCCAGACAAGGGCAGAAUUCAGAGAUGAAAAUGGCAGAAAUAAUUGGCGGGGCAGGAGAGAUCAGUCCCGAAUAAGGCAUGAGCUCCUGAACUGGGAGGAUGAGGCAUCCCCAAGAGUUGUGCCCCUGGAAUGACUCCAGGCCUGCUUUGCUCUCGUCAGAAGAAGCACUUUGCCUUCCUUCCUUCUCCCCAUUCAUUGGACCUGUGAACAUGGAUCCUCUGCCCCACAGGUGGGCUGUUUCAAAGCAACCUGAGCAGGUCUUUAAUCAAUGGCUAAUGGGCUUCCUUCAUAGGCACCAGCAUCCACUUGAAAAUAAAGCCAGCCCCCACCCCCACCCCUCAAGUUUUUUCAAGAGCCAGAACAAAAUCAAACCAAAGCUUUCAGAAACAUUACAGAGUGAUGAAUUUCCAAACCACAAAUCCAUGGGGAAACCACCAGUUUUGGACUCUGGACUCCACUAUAUCAGCUGCCAAGCACUGAAUUUGCCCAAGUCUGCCAAGUGAUCCUUAGCAAGGGAAUCUUAUUAAUGCCAUUUGAUUCAAACAUGUUAGCUCUGCUCCUGGGAUAUGUUCCUUUUUCUGAGGAUUUGUGUGAUAUAUUUUUCCUUUGCAUAUUACAUUUACUGAAGACAUUUUUAUAUCACAUUUAGAAGUCAUCUGCCUCCCCAAAAUAGAUAAUUUAUAUUUAUAAUAUUUUGUGUGGUUGUGGUGUGUAGGUAUAUCAGUUGUUUGGCCAGGGGAAAUAAAGUUGUAUUAAGUUCUUCCCGUGUCAGUUCCCGGAGGAAGCCCAUCAGAUUUCCAAACGCACACACCCUCUGUGUGUUCCUUGUGACUUUGCCUCCUCUCUUUCCUUUCUCUCCAGGGUGACGCUGUAUGCAGAAUUCCUCCCAAUGAAAUCUAGAGCAAAAUGCAUUUUGUUAAUUGAGGUAGGUGGAAAAACAAAGAGGCGUGAGGCUGUUGGCAGGAAAGGAGUUACCCUUCUGCUCCAAAAGGCCAUCCCAGGACAGAGAGCAUCCCAAGCGAAGGUUCAGAUGUGAUCAGGAGAUCAGUGGGAGCUCCCUCCUUCAAAGCCUUUCCUGGGGGGGGGGGAGGCAGCUGGCCCUCAACCCGUUGCUGCUGUGGUUCAUGCUUUCAGCCUUCCCACAACUGUGGCUUUCCAGAUGUUUUAGCUUCUAGCCCCAUCAGUCGCAGUGAGCACAGUGAACUGUCAGGGAUAUUUUCAAUAUGAUUUUUAAGAAAUCUAUUUAUUGUUUUAAACAAGAAAUACAUUUAAAUAGCACACAAUAACAAGCCCCUCUUGAAAUGCGAUGCUCCUCAGUCAAGUGCAAAGACCCUUGGAAUCUCUCACUGCUUGGUAGAGAUUGGGGUGGGUGGUAAGAAAAGGAAAACUGCAAAACUGAAUGAAAGUUAAAAUUAAACAUACCUGCAAAUGUGGGUUAUUUUGUUCACAUUCCCUGGAAAAAAUAAAAAUUAAUAAUAUUGGUGUUGGGGUAGUAACAUUUUUUAAAAGGUUAUGCUUUAUUUAUAAAUAUCAAGAUGUUGUCUUUGAGGUCUUAUGACAGUGCCACUUAAAGCUGAAAGCUUACUAAGUAUUCCAAAUGCCUGCUCUCCAGGCAUCGUAGAACAUGUUGCAGCAAGGGCCAAGAACAGAGAUGUAUUGAUAUUCACCUGUUGCGAUGGGGCUGACAUCUCCAAACCCGCUUCCGUCCUUCCACACGGGCAGGUCUUCUGGGCCAUUGGGACCGUCUUUGAGGUUCUCCUGGCGGUGUUCGUGAUGCCCACCCUGGGUUGGCGCUGGCUGCUCAUCCUUUCGGCGGCCCCCCUUCUGCUCUUUGCCAUCUUGUGUUUCGUAGGUAUUCCUUCUGGCUUCCCAAAGUCUUGGGGAGGGAGGGGGGGGGACACGGCUUCAGAUUAGUCCUGUCCAUUUGGUUGGUCUCCUGCCUUUGGACAGAAAGUGAUUGUAAGAAAUCAGUAUUUUAGUGUGGCAGCACACACACUUGACAUCAGGCAGACACUCUCACUGUACUCUUUUCGGCACCUGCCAAAAACAUUUUUUGGGCGGGGCAAGACUAUCCAGAUAUAUACACUAUUGACAAGUGUUUUAAUCAGGCUUUCAGCUUGUUGGGGUUUUUUUUAAUGUUUUAGAUAGUUGUUUUUUUAAAAAAAUGAACUGAUAAUUUCAUGUUUUGUUCUUUUUUUGUAAACCAUUUUGAGGUGUAUUUUUUGCGAUCAAUCAGUAUAUAAUUUUUAUGAAAUGAAUAAAAUAAAUUUAUCAUACCUUUACAGUGGUUACCAGAAAGUGCGCGAUACGAUGUGCUAUCUGGGAAUCAGGAGAAAGCCUUUGCCACUUUGAAGCGGAUAGCGACUGAGAAUGGAGCUCCAAUGCCUCUGGGGAAACUGAUCAUCUCCAGGCAGGUGAGUGCAGGCAGACCAGCACUCCUGGGGGUGGGACUAGAUGACCUUUGGGAGCCUUCCAACUCUGCCAUUCUAGGGUUCUAUGAAACAACCACCCCAAAAUCCAGCGAGCUUCAAUAAAAGUGUGCAUGGAUCACUUGGCUCAGACCUGGGAUUAUUUAUUUUCUUCAUUUGUCUGCAAGACUUGUAUCUCACUUCAUUAAAAUGUCUGAGAUGUCUUACAAUAAAUAAUAUGUACAACAUCAGUAAAAAAUAUUAAAAUAACAUAUGAAAACUUGCUAAAAUAAAAGUGUAUUUGCUGUAAGCAGGGGAGGGGAGGCAGGCAUAUUAUGGGUGCCACCUCUGAAAAGGCCCCAUCUCAGGUACUCAACUGGGCCAUAUCCACACCCUGCACAUAAAGUGCUAUGAUACCAAACAGUUAUGGCUCCCCGCAAAGAAUUAUGGGAACUGUAGUUUGUUACAGGUGCUGAGAGUUGUAGAAGCCCCCCUUCCCCUCCCAGAGCCACAAUUGCCAGAGUUCCCUGAGAAGAGGGAGUGGUUGUUAAAGCACUCUGGGAAUUGCAGCUCUGAGAGGGGAAUCAAGGAUUCCUUGGGCAAAGCAACAUUGAUUUAGAGUGGUAUCAUAGUGUUUUAAAUGUAUGGUGUGAAUGUGGCGCUGCUAAUUUCUGACAGCUGGGAAGCUGCCACAGGGACUCAUCAGAUGAAUGAGGAAUGCCAGGCAAACUCCUAAGAAAUCCAUGGUGCCCCCCCCCCUUUGGCCGAUGUUUUCAGACAGCACCCAGCUUCCCUAUAUCUAUGUAUAUGUUUGUUUCCAAACAGGAAGACAGAGGGAAGAUGAGGGACCUCUUCACCCCCCAGUUUAGAUGGACAACCCUCCUGCUUUGGUUUAUAUGGUAAGAGGAAGAUAGAGAAGAUUCAGGGUCAGCCUGCCUCUCUGAGAUUUAUUUAUUUUAUUUAUUAGACCUACUGUAUAUAACCCCCUUUCAUCAUGGGAUCUGGUGGCCUGAGGGCAAGUUGGCACAUCAGUCGGGUGGCCCUGUGGCUUGGUUUGCGCCCUCGGGGCACAGAUCUGGCAGCUUUAUAGAGUCAGGCGGGAUCUCAACUGGCUUCUCAAGCCCCAUGAUCCCUGCUGGAUCUGACUAAUGCAGUGCCACCACCUGGCCACCUGACGUGGGGGCGCUGCAAUGCCAACAUCCCUGAUGCAAUGAGAGGCUGGGGCAGCCAAGGUGGGGGGAAGCUCACAUGCAAAAGGGGGAAUGCACUCUUUAAAAGUGCAAGAGACGAGGCUGUGACCUGAUUAAAGACAUCCUAGUUCAUCCAUCACAUAUGCUCUAGUCAAUUAAUUGAUUAAUGCAAAUGCUUAAAUAGCCAGAGGUGUAAAUUAGUGCACCCCACUUAUUCUGCUGAUUAAAACUUGUGCACUUAAAUUCAUAUUUCUUUAACCGAGCAACAGCCCCACUGCAAAAAAAGUGUUUCCCUCUAGUGCGAAAGAGAAAAAAAGGAGAGCCCUUGAAAGCUGUUUUUGUAAGUGCUUGUGUUAAAAUUGAUCAGGACCCCUCUCUAUUUUUGGUCAAAAACAUUAAAAGUGCAGCCCAAGGAAAAGGGAAUUUAGCAGAUGCUGUUUGCUAAAUGCUGACCUGCAGGUUCCUUCUUUGACACGGUCAAUGCGUUAAACAAGAGGCAAAGGGAACGGGACAGAUUCACGGAGGAGGCGAUCAGUGGCUCUGAGCCACAGUGGCUAUGCUCUGCCUCCAAAGCCUCUGCAGGCAGCUCUGCUUCUGCACAGCAGCUGCUGGAAGCCACGGGAGGGCGGAGGGCUCUUGUGCUCCUGUUCUGCUCCCUGCUUUCCCACAGGAAACUGGUUGACCACUGCAAGAACAGGAUCCAGCAGGCUCUGCUUAUGUUCUUAUGUUCAGAGGACUCGUGACUGAAUUUAUGACACUGGAUUUGUACUGUGGCAAGCUAACUGCGAAUUACGAUGCGGACCACGGUUGCCCCUGGCCACCCCAGCCGACUGUGAGCUUGAACCUAGCUGCACUGUGCACACACAUGCGCAAUGUCAUUCCCCCCGUUGGAUCCUGAGCCUGCAGCCCCUCCCCACCCCAGAUUCAGGGCCAUGCCAUGUUCCUUUUCAAUGCACCUGCCUGCCUGCCUGCAACACUCUCUCUGCUUCUCUUCAGGUUCUCCAAUGCCUUUUCUUAUUACGGCUUAGUUUUACUAACCACGGAGCUCUUUCAAGCAGGAGACCUCUGCAGCUGUGAGUACAACAGGCAGGGAGUUCCAGAGGGCGGCUGCUGCCAGACUAAAAUACCAUUUUCUUGCAUACGCUGUCACAGUUCCAGCUCCUUUGAUCCAAGUGGUCAAGUGGGCAUACAUAGGGAGAGGGGAUCUCACAGGUGACACUCACAACUUGGUGGUUCACCUCGCAACUUAAAAUUGCAGCAGGGGCACACCAGGCCCAAAGGUGCAAGGAUGCAUGUGCGCGUGGGGGGGGGGGAGGCUGGAAUGAUUUCUUAAAAUAUCACAUAUUCACCCUCCUCCUCCUCCUCCUCUUCUUGCUUCAUCUAAGUAUCCAGCAAGAGAAAAGCAGUGAAGGCCAAGUGCAGCCUGGCAUGUGAAUACCUGACUGAAAAGGACUACAUCGACCUCCUGUGGACCACUCUCUCAGAGUUCCCAGGUAGACUGCUGGGAAAUUAAAGGCUCCGAUUAGCCGAGUGGGAAAACUUGCACAUUUGUUCAGAAUCUAAUUAAAACUAUGUAGCUUAAUUAAUUCAACAAAACUGAUGAAUGUGAUCCAGUGACACCAGCUAUUCCAAGUCAUUCCAGCACGCCUGCCUCCUUCUGCUCCCCUAGGAAAUCCCACCCUCACCCCCAGGGGGUGGGCAGUAUCACCCACUUAGGGAACUGCUGGUGUUGACCAUGCUGAGCAAGUUGGACUCAUGAUCUGACUCAAUAUAAGACAAAUUCCUUUGUUUCUGGAUUUGUAUCUCAUUCUUAUGGUUAAAGUCUCAGCAAUUCUCUUUCGCUCUCUGUUGCUGUAAACUGCCUUGAACAUGUGCCAGAGAAACACCAGUUUUUUAAAGAAAGAAAGAAGCAAGGAAGCAAGCGAGCGAGCAAGCGACCCACUAGAUUUCAUGCCUGUGCACUAGUCCUAUGGAUGUUCAGAGCACACCAGCCUCAGAAUUGCCUCCAUGACCCAUCUGAAUUGGGCGCUGCACAGCAGUCAGAGAGGCAGGGAAGGCUUUGAAAAUAAGUUCAGAAAAGUUGCUAGCCAGAACAAACAAAUCCACAAGCCCAUUGCCCCAGAAGAGCUUAUGUUAGUCAUUUAUGGCCUGAAAAAAGCAACAGCUUCCAUAACUGCUGCUCUGCCUGCUUGACAUGAAGGCUGUGGCCAUGUACCACGGGCGAGCAGAGAGCUACUCACAAGCCUGCUUCAGCCAGUAACACCCUCCUCCUCCUCCUCCUCCUCCUCCAGGUGUUCUAGUGACCUUAUGGGUUAUUGAUCGGAUUGGGCGUAAGAAGACAAUGGCCCUCUGCUUCUUUGUCUUUGCAUUUUGCAGCCUCCUACUCUUUCUCUGCGUUGGAAGGUGAGCAAAGUGAUCCAGACCAGCUGGUGGGGGGAACCCACCCAACCCUGCAAAUGCCCCACCCCCACAAGGAAGGCACUGCAAAGCACUUCGGGGGGGGGGCUGGGACAUGUUCAAAGUUGUGCUACAAAUGCUUUUACCUAACUGUGUGGAGGUUCUCCAUACUGGUGUGAGGAGCAGGUAGUCUGCACACCUGCAAAUUCUGAACUUUCAGGCAAACCCGGAGCAAAGUAUUUCAGAGGUUCCACAUGGGGGAUACAGAAAGAGCAUUAUUCGUGGUAAAGGGAAGGUUGCAGACCAGUACAAAGAAUUUAAAUGGUAGCUUUAGUGAUGCUUCUGCCCUCCACUUCCCAUUUUUGGUCUUCCAAGAGACCACAGAAAAGACUAAGGAUGGUCCUUAGCCUGGGUGACUAUGCUCUGCCUCCGCAGCCAGAGGCAGAAAUGCUUCUGAAUCCCAGUUGCUGGAGGGGAGAGUCCUCCUGUGCUUGGGUCCCGCUGGUGGGUUUCCCAUUGGGGCACCUGGCUGGCCACUGUGAGAACAGGGUGCUGGACUGGCCGGGGCCCCUUAGGCCUGAUCCAGCAGGAGACUGUUAUUGUUACACACCACCCCCAUCUGCACAAAUGGUGCAAGAUCUCAGGGUUGGAGGCAUGCUUACCAGGGGCUGUGUUCCCUCUUGGGACAAUGAGGCACAGCAGAGACUGCAGUGUCUUCGUGAUAUAGGGUUUUAUUUACACUGACAUACAACCUGCACCUAGAUGCAGUGGCGUAGCUGGGGGGCGGAACUGGAAUUAUGGGGAAGGGAAUUUAGGGGAAUCUGAACCCCAACAAAUCCAUAACAUCAUGUUCUUAUGAUACAGCAGUACAAUGAGUGCGUCCUGUCAAAAUGUACCAGCAUCUAUCUUCUCAAAACAAAAACAUUGUCCUUUUGUCCUUACAGGAAAGUUCUCACUGUGUUAUUGUUCAUUGCAAGGGCUUUUAUUUCGGGAGGAUUUCAAGCCGCCUACGUUUACACCCCUGAGGUAAGAAAACGAGAAGCCAAAUAUUCUGUGAGGAGGGGGCUUGCCCGGGACCAGGAUUUGGGGCAGGCCUGAGCAAAGGAGCAUCAGUAGCAAGGAGGUCUUGAUGGGGUGGGGCAGGAGCAUCGUGGUUGGCGUGGAAGAGCAAGGCAGAGACUGUGAAACCAAGCCCCCGUAGGGUCUCUGGGAUUUCUCCAUUUCCAUGGAGCACAUGGGAAAGAGAGGCUUGUGCUGCUGCCUCCAGAGGGCUUGCUGUGUUCGUUGUGUUGUCUCUUUCACAAUUUUAGGAUUGUGGGGGGCCCAGAAUGCACUACAGAUUCUGAGUAAACAUUAGGAAAGACUUUCUGAUAGUAAGAGCUGUUGGACACCUCAGGAGGUGGUGGACUCUCCUUCCGUGGAGGUUUUGAAGGAGAGGUUGGGAGACCAUCUGUCAGGGAUUCUUGAGCUGUGAUUCCUGCAUUGCAGGGGGUUGGACUAGAUGACCCUUGGGGUCACUUCCAACUCUACAAUUCUACAAUCCUAUGAUUCAUGAGAUCCAGUAAGUACCUCCUCAGUUGGCAGCCGCUUCCACCUUUCCCGCUUGCCCAGUGGAACAUGGAAUGUGUGUGUGUGUGGUGAUCCCAGGAUCUCAUGUUGUGUUUUUAUUAGCAUAUGGGACCUGCACACCCUUCUCAGCCAUUAGCACCAGCCAUGAACGUCUGCUUUUGACCUGGAGGAAUCCCUGCCCCCAAAUCUCAAAUGCUUGAGGGCAAUAUGUGUUGGCCCAUUGCUUGGGGGCUGCUUUCUGCAUAUGACCAGAAGCAUCCUUUCCCUCCACUGCCCCUUAUCACCUUUCUGGUGACUAUUCAGAGAUCCAGAGAAGUGAGGCAUGUAGAAUCAUAGAUUCAUAAAGUUGGAAGAGACCCCACGGGUCAUCUAGUCCAACCCCUUGCAGUGCAGGAAUCUCAGCGCAAGAUGUCCCCAUGUGCCAAUGCACGUAUGAAUUUCUCCUUAGGUUUACCCCACGGCCACUCGUGCUCUGGGUCUCGGGACCUGUAGCGGGGUAGCCAGAGUCGGCGCACUCAUCACACCAUUUAUCGCUCAGGUAACAGUGUGUUAAAUUCAUUCCUUGAUCAAGGUGGGUAUUUCAGAAUGUCCUGGGGUUGCUAGUUAGGGUCCUGGGAUGAGGAUUUUGGAGGGGAGAGAGAGCUGGGUUGUUGCUGCACAGAGGCAUAGAGUUUGGACAUUAAAUUCUACAUUUGCUAGGCCUGUUUUUGCAUCCUGAACCUUAUUCCUAAGAAUUCCAGGUCCCCUGUGUGCUAAAGGGGAACCUGUGCUACUAUGUGCAGCUGCCCCCCCAUCAAGUAAAUAAAUAAGAAUACUUAACUAACUGACCAAUUGCAUCACAGAUAACUCAGUUCUGCCCCCCUAACUUAAAGCCUGCCCCCCCAAUUAAUCCAUGCCCACAGGCAUUUGGGUGGCCCCUGCGAGAAGAUGAUGCUGGGCCAGAUGGGCCCUUGGCCCGAACCAGAAGCGUCUUAUGCUCUUUAACAUUCAGCUCAUCUACUCCAACCCUUAAUGGUGAACCCAGGCAACUCGUAUGUGUAGAGCUCUCUGACCCUGAGAGUUGGCUCAGAGGCCCUUCUGUGUCUGCCUUUGCUGACUCACCCCCCCCCUUCAGGUGAUGCUGGAGUCCUCUGUCUAUUUGACGCUGAUAGUCUACAGCGGCUGCUGCAUCCUGGCUGCUCUCGCUUCUUGCUUGCUGCCCAUCGAAACCAAAGGCCGCGGCCUGCAGGAGUCCACCCACAGGGAAUGGGGGCAGGAGAUGUUUGGGCGCGGAGUCCCACACUCAAACUCUGGGUCUCAGGGGUGA